AAACAGCUGCCGUUGCAUUUUACGUCAUUGACUGGCAAUUUUUUUCCGACAAUUUUUUUUCAUGUCAUGGCUUACACUUUACACCAGGCUACGAUUAAACAACUACAUAAUUUAAUGUCGACUCACUGAACUUUUGAACUCGCGAGUCCGAUUAUUACCGAGUUCCUACCGAAGAUGACGUCACACGCUGGUUCCUACCCUUGCUGCGUACGAAGCAGGCGAGAGAGGGGAAGGACGGCAAAAGCAACAAGGAGGAAGAGCAAUGGCGACACUGGUUCGCCAAAUACCAAGUCCGGAUAGCUUCCUUUGCCAGGCUUGGUCUUCAUUCGUCAGUGCUGCUGAAUUGCGUCCUGUUGACGACUUGGAGAACUGCCACGGAGAGCUUUGUGGUGAAGUAGUGAAGCUCGGCGAAGAAGGGAUGCGCCACCGUUGUCUGUUUCCCACACUGCAGGACUUUCAUCUCGUCGUCUGCCAUGUCUGCAAUCAGGUGGUCACUCCUCAGGGCAUCCUCGCACACUACGGUAGUUGGGGUUUAGUUUCCCAGUGAAACAGAGAGCAGGAAUCCUGGACCACAACCCCCCUCCAUCCCCUCCCCACUUUGCUCCCACAAAGACAUGCAUAGCAAAAACCAGAGGCGCCACGGCUCUCCCGUGCCUUCCAGGAGCCCGCUGGUCCUCAUGAAGGCCAAGGCACCCGCAGCGGUCCCGGCCGUGGCAAGCGGUCCUGCGGACGCCCUGGCCUUUCGGAUCCCUAAAGAUUACCCUCACUCCCGCUUCAGCAAGGCGCCACUGGCUGUGUAUCCGCCAAAAGGGGCUCGAAACAAGACAUGUGUGUCCCUUCCAGUGGUCAGCUUGGAGAAGAUACCCUGCCUCAGCCGAAGCGACUCACAAGUCCGCCUCACCGCCUCUCCUUCCUCCUCGUCGUCCCCUCUCAAACAACCUCCGCUCACUUCCCCAGCCGCCCAUCGUUGCAGCGACAAAGCAGUGAACGGCCCGCGCUCCUCCGUAUCACCGUCCUCCCUGGAUGGGCGGCCCGGCCCGGCGCGCUCUCCUCUGAACAGGCGGCCAUCACCGUCGCCUUCCCCCUUGCCGCUGGACCGGAAACCCUCCCCUGCUCCUUCCCCAUCUCAGCGGCCGGCCUCGUUACUGUCAUCACCUAUGGAGAAGAACCAAAAUGGAGUCAAGGCUUCCUCACGGUCGCAUAAAAGACUCUCAGGGAGAGUAUUUGACCCCAACAAGCACUGUGGCGUCCAGGACCCCGAGACCAAACAGCUGUGCACGCGCUCUCUCACCUGCAAGACUCACUCCUUAACCCACCGCCGAGCCGUGCCGGGUCGAAGAAAACAUUUCGACAUCCUCCUCGCCGAGCACAGGGGCAGGACCAAGGAGAAGGAGGGUGCAAAGGAGAAAGACAAGGAAGGGAAGAACGGCUGCAGCCCGAACGCCGAGUCGCAAGAGGCUGCGUGUCCUCGCAAGCCUCACUGCCCCAAUGGACGACCCCUAUCCACUCUGAAACUAAGGCUGGCGAACGCACACAUCUCCAGGGUUCCAGGCACCUCCUCCGCCUCUACUCCUCAGACACCGGCACCCUUGCCCGCCCCUACCUCCAAUCCGGAGCCUUCGCCCCACCCUUGGACGUCCGCAGCAGGUGGAGAUGGCGCUCGGCUCUCCAGCGACGAAGCAGACGCGGAGACUCUGGAGGAUGCUGACAAACUGCCUGCCUUUUACUUCUCUAACGUCCACCCUCAGCCUUCAGGGUUCUGCAUAUUCAGCAGCAGGCUCAUGGGACGAGGCCACUAUGUGUUUGAUCGGCGAUGGGACAGGAUGAGGCUGGCGCUCCAGAACAUGGUGGAGAAACACCUCAACGCACAAAUGUGGAGAAAGGUUCCACUUGCAGCCGAGAGCCUCCACUGCCUCUCACCCUCUGGUGCCCCCUCUGGCACUUCACAGCAGGCUCACCCUCCCUCUACAACAUCUGACUCUUGUCCUCCUUUAACGUCCUCGUCUGGUUCCGUCUCCCGCAGUAUUUCUCAGUCCGCACCUGCAGGCUUUACUUUUAGAGAUGCUCACGUUUCCACGCUGGGAGUGUGCCGACACGGCACGCACAAGGCCAGUCGCCUAGCCAAAGAGAGAGAGGACUCUAUAGCGGGGACUGAUGUAAGAAAAAACUCUUCCUGCUCCUUCCCAACUGUGGAUACUCACAAGCGGAACGGAAGCAGCUAUCAUCCAACACUGCAAAAGUCAGGCGGGCCUGCGUCCACCCUGGCAAGGAAGAUGGGACAUGGUCCCGAGGGAAACGGACUGUGGAGCUACAGUGACCAUUGGUUAACAAAAACGGAGGGGUCCCACAGCCGUAACAGUCGCGAUCUCGCCAACAGCAGUAAAUCCUACCUGUCCGGCAGGGAGCCAUGUCCCGCCUCCAGCCGAGCUCCUUCCUCCUCUGGAGCACUGACGUAUGGGCGCAAAGCCGAGGGGAGGAAAAGGAGUAGACCCAGCUCGAACGACGGGAAGGCCGGGAACAAGCUGAGCCGGCUGGACGCGUUCUUUGGGAGUGGGAACGACGCCGAAUCCCAAAGACAGGCCAAGUUGCAUCACUGAUGCCAGUUUCGUAGAUUGUCAGAGCAGCUGUACGCCAUGCCUGCCGUAUGUGACCUUUGACCUCACCACUUUCCACCCAUCUACUGUACUGACUGCAUCAUCUGGGAAAUGUCCCCCAUUUAGUCUCCCAUUGAGCAAACUGGGCUCAGGAUUUUUUUUUUUUUUUUUGGCCAAAUCGUCUGGCCUGAUUGGAGGACGUUGGCGCCGCCCCGUCACUGUGCUCCUCAUAUCCUCAGACAGUGGAGUUCCAAUAGUCUGACAAGGAGUGCCGCUACAUUUUUACACCGGUCGCCUGAUUAGGAGUAAUUUGGUGGCAUUUUGAAGGGUUGAAGGACCUACUCACAUCAGCUUUUCUCCUUUUUGGUGACUUCUUCUUCGGUUGUGGCAAACCUUUUCUUGUUGGGUUCUAUCCAGUUCCCAUCCAUUUUUAGCAACCACACCAGCGGACUCUCUUUUUUUUUUUUUUGUCCAUUGUUGUCCAUCCAGCAUGGCUGUCUUUUAAAGUGCUCUUACUGGCGUCGUCUCCUCGCACUUCCUUUCCUCACAGCAGCUUCCAGCAGUGCCACACUCGGACCCGUUCUCAUUCAUGGCGGCCGCUCAAUGCAUUGUAUUUCAACAUAGGAGAACUUUACAGGACAUCCCAAAAGAGAAUUUUGACCUUUUUUUAUGGGUCCUUUUGGUUGGAAAAGGGAAUCAAUUUGUCAUUCUGAAGAAACAGUAUUGCUCAAAAUGUGUACAUAUCUGUUUAUUAUUACCUUUUUUGUAUUUAUUAAUUAAGCUCCCUGCUUGAUAUGAGCUGAAAACGGGGAGGACUUUUUUUUUCUUUUUUUUUUUUUUGGAGUCACCUCGCUCCAUGAUGACAUAGGCUUGGUUUCUCCCCUCAAAUAAUCACUUUUUUGUCUUCUGGUUCAUUCUAAAUCAGCGUGCCCUUGCUCUAAUUUACUGUACAACACAUUUCUGACAGGAAACAUCAUUUUUGUACAUUUACAAGCUUUAUUGAAUGCUUUUUUAAAAUUAUUUCACAGCAGCACUUCCUUUUCCUUUGCUCACCAUGUUGCUCAUUGGAAGCAGAAUUGGAUGAACCUUGUCUCAAGUCACAUGUCCAACAGGUGCUUAUCACUAUCGCGAUAUUUGUGAGCAUUGCUAUGAUUAUUUCAAACUUUAUCAGUAUUUUUGAAUUGUACUUGCAGGUUAACAUGGCAUGUCUUUUUUUUUUUUUUUUUGUAUUUUUGGCCUCACAUUCCUGUUAGCCUGUGAUCAAAUCAUGCAUGGCGGACGUUCCUCCAUUAAGGAACAUCCUUCAUGGUAACCCCGACAGGAGUUACUUUGUGAUGCAGCUAAAACAAACAAACAAAAAAAAAGUUCACUGGCGUUGAUUUCAGAGUGCAUUAUCUCUGCUUCCCUUUUUUGUGUUUGCACUUUGUUACAAAGCCCCAAAUUCUAUUUAUAUAUAUAUAUAUUUGAGAAAGGAAAAGUAUAUAUUUGUAUGUGUCUUUGGCAACUACUCAAAUUAGGAAGAGUUCAAAUAAUAAAUAGAAAUACCAGCGCACUGUUAUUCUCAUUGUUGCAGGAUGGGGUGAAAGUCGAAUGUCAACUCACUUUUUUUUAAUUUUUUUUUUUUAAUCUCACUGCCGUCAGAUCAGAAUCAUCUAAAUGCUUUUAUUAAAUAUUUGGAAAAAUCAUU